AUAAAGCUUUAUUCAACUCGUUUUCUCAAUACCAGCUCUCGAUGUGGACUAGACUUUCAAAAAGAGUGGAUGCGGUUCCGCAGGUUAAAAGAAAACCGGGAAUGCAAUUAAAGACCUCUACGCCACCAAAACCCUACUGCGAAAAUGUCUACAUGAGUGAGCCAAUCUCGCCCCUAAGACGAUUACCUAGCGUCACAAUAUCAUCACUGGUCAAAGAACACUCCUCGAAGGCCAUGAGGUUAGGAAACAUAGCGGCAGGGGCAUUUGCUGUGGAUAUGCUCGGCUGGUGGUUAUUAUACAUCGCUGCUGCAGACGAUGGUGUAUAAUGAAUCGAGAGCGGUGGACCAACAGACCCGUCAUUGGGUGGUCACACAACAGGGGCGCACUCCUCUUCAUCAAAAAGAGUCCGCGGUCGAUUGCAACUGCGCACUAAAAUAACACUCUAUAUUUCGUGUUUUUUAUAGUUUCGUUGUUUUUUUUUUCCGCAUACGGUCUUCGGUGUUACAAGACGUCAGUACUAUUAUGGUGCAUAUGAAGAUCAUCUAAUCAGAAAUAAACAAUGAUAUCACCGUGCCAAUUCUGAUCAAUUGCAUAUUGUACCAAUCAGCAUUUUGAACCUUUUUGCUGGCCACGAGUCAACAGGGGAUACCUUCCGUCAUGGAGCUUUCGGUGUCAGUCGACAUCCUGGAAUUUUCGUUAAGACGCCAUUUGACGUGCAAUCGGAUACCGCAAUUUUUUCAUUUUUUUCGUUCGUAAUAGAGAGUUCCUACUAUAAACAAAUUUUAAGAUGGAAAAAACUUCAGUUAUUUCUAAUCAUGCUAAUCUUAUGGUUCAUAUAACUAUCGAUGUUCUCCUAUAUCCCGUGGAUCAUCUAUGUUUCUAUCCAUCUGUACAUGCGCAUUGUGAGAGUCAUGUCUAUCAUUUGGUACUAUAUUGCACGGCGAUGGACCAAAAUUUUUGUACCCAUGAUUUCUCUUAGAGAGAUCGAAAGAGCUAAAUCUCAAUAUAAAGAAAUAGAGCAUGUUGGAUAUAUUCUGUCGUUUGAGAAUCCUUUUGGACGAAACCGUUGUGGGAUCGAUGCGGUUAGUCGACUAAUCGCCUUAUCAGUAGUCAUCGGUGUCAAAUUCAUGACUAUUUUCCUCCCUUACAAGCUCGACGCCCUAGAAAAACAAAAAAUUCUGAAAAGAGUCACCUUCUAUCAUAAACAAUUUUGGCCAGAUUUAGUUCAGAAGAAUAUCUCUAUCGUCGUCUCUAUUUUAGAACGUCUAUCUGCAUACACUCCUGAAGAUGAAGACAAGAUCUUAGAAUAUGUGAAGUAUUUGGUUGAAAAGAAAAAACAAUUCAAUGCUGCUAGAGCUCUGUCAGCUGAGCCUAUUACUUCGUGGGGACUUCUCAAUCACAAACUCAAGAUCCUGACGGAAUUUGAAAGUUUUUAUGGUCAAGACCUUGACGAAGAUGAUAAAUUCUACCCACGAAUACCUGUAAUUAGCAAUUUUUGUAACAAUAACUAUACUGAAUCGAUAACCGCUGAAAAGCUAUCUACUUGUAAAGAUAGCAUUUUUGAAAAAAAUGAUAAUCCACCAACCGAAUACGAGCUGGCGGAUACCGUUCAAAUCACUUUUUCUGGCCCAGAAGACUCCAAAGACUCCCUCGUUCAGCUGACCAGACUAUUAGCCAGGGGUGUUCUAAGAGAUAAGCUGAGUCCUGCAAAUAUUGACCAGGCUCUAAUUCAUGCUAUUUUAACUCGCGUAAACGGCAAGGCAUGGCCAGAAAACAAAGUAAUUAUCAACUUCAAUUCGCAUCCUUUCACUUGUGGCUAUCCCGCUUGGCAGCUGAGAUACCCAGAAAUUGUGUGCACGAGCCCUCUCGCUGAAGACUUUAAUUCCAUGUGGGCACAGCUUGACAGCGCUUUUCUAACCUACUCCCGUACCGUGCAAAGGUAUGGUAAAUAA